AUGGGCUAUCUGGUGAACGACAUUCCUUGGAUGUUGUUGGCUGAUUGGUUGAACAAGCUCGCCGAAGGAACCAAAUCAUUCAACGAGAUUGAGUCGGAUGACUUCCCACGGAAUCAUACACUACUUCCCGAGGAUCUUGACCAGCGAGGGUUGCUGUGGGUUAGCGAGUACUAUCCCAAAGACUGGUUUGGGACUCAAAGCGCGUGUGACGAGCCUGAGAAGGCAAAGGUGCGUUCGAACAAAUGCUUGUGGCUCGGCUAUCGUCUGGCAGCUUCAAAAAUGGGGCUGGUCUAUGACAAGAGCAAAAAGAUGUUCGCCGAGGCAGCAAAAGAUAUGUAUAUGACGGAUUGGGUCAUCGUUGGUAAGAUUAACGGAGCUAGCGAUGACAACACAGACAUCACGGACGGCAUCGCGUAG